AAGUAAGAGGCAACAUGUGACAGUCUGACACCACUCUCCACAGAUUUAUUCUGUUCUUCAUUGUAAAUAUUCUUUGUCGAUAGUAUUAUAAUAUAAUUUUCCGUUAAUUGGAAUGGUGCUUUUCAAAAUAUUCUCUCAAAAUUAUUUCCCUCUGCCUGUGUGAUGGAGAACGGUAAGCAGCUGCUUCUCUCCCCCAGAGAUGAUGAAGACCGAUUACAGUUACUAUCAACAGAAACCAACAUCUCCUUGUUCUCCGACACCUUCAGCGCCGGAGCUGAUGACAUUCCGCCGAUUACCGGCCUCCAUGACUUCUCUAGAGAAUUUUACAGAGAAUCAAAGAAGUUAUGGUACCUUGCCGGACCUGCCAUCUUCACCUCCGUCUGCCAAUACUCUCUCGGAGCCAUCACUCAAGUGUUCGCCGGUCAUGUCAGCACCAUUGCCCUCGCUGCUGUCUCUGUCGAGAACUCUGUCAUCGCCGGCUUCUCAUUCGGUCUCAUGCUUGGAAUGGGAAGCGCCCUGGAGACACUGUGCGGGCAAGCCUAUGGAGCUGGGCAACUUGACAUGUUAGGGAUCUAUAUGCAAAGAUCUUGGGUUAUUCUCAACACCACAGCUUUAAUGCUUAUGUUUGUAUACAUAUUUGCUCAACAACUUCUGAGUCUAAUUGGGCAGACGGCGGACAUAUCAAAGGCGGCGGGGAUAUUCGCCAUCUGGAUGAUACCACAACUCUUUGCAUAUGCAGUGAAUUUCCCUAUAUCAAAGUUCUUACAGUCUCAGAGCAAGAUCAUAGCCAUGGCUGUGAUUUCUGCUGCUGCCUUGAUAAUGCAUACUUUUUUCAGUUGGUUUUUGAUUUUGAAACUUGAUUGGGGUCUUGUGGGUGCCGCGGUGGUAUUGAAUGCGUCGUGGUGGUUCAUUGACGCAGCUCAACUGGUUUAUAUUUUCAGCGGGAGUUGCGGCCGAGCUUGGAGUGGAUUUUCAUGGAAGGCCUUUCAGAAUUUGUGGGGUUUUGUUCGGUUGUCUUUAGCGUCAGCUGUCAUGCUCUGUCUGGAGAUAUGGUACUUUAUGGUAUUAAUUCUGUUUGCUGGAUAUUUAAAAAACGCCCAAGUUUCUGUGGAUGCUUUGUCCAUUUGCAUGAACAUAUUGGGUUGGACUGUAAUGGUGGCUUUCGGAAUGAAUACAGCUAUAAGCGUGAGAGUGUCAAAUGAACUAGGGGCAGGCCACCCAAGAAGUGCAAAAUUUUCAUUAGUGGUGGCUGUAAUAUCUUCAAUUUCUAUGAGCCUUGUGCUCUCAAUUAUUCUGAUUGCCGCACGGAACAAGUACCCAUCAUUAUUUUCGACAGAUUCAGAAGUUACAGCUCUUGUUAAUGAACUGACCCCGAUGUUGGCUCUUUGUAUCAUCAUCAACAACAUACAACCAGUGCUAUCUGGGGUGGCCAUUGGAGCUGGAUGGCAGGCUGUUGUUGCCUAUGUAAACAUUGCGUGUUACUAUGCAUUUGGUAUUCCUUUGGGCCUCAUACUGGGUUACAAGGCUGACUGGGGUGUUCUGGGGAUCUGGUGUGGAAUGCUAAUGGGGACAGUGGCACAGACUUGUGUGCUUUUCGGUAUGAUUUAUAAAACCAACUGGAACACAGAGGCUUCCAUUGCUGAAGACAGAAUAAGGAAAUGGGGAGGAGGGGAUACAAAUUCCAAAGAAGUCUCAGAAAAAUAAGAAGGCACAUUGAAGAACGCACACAACUAGCUUAAGUUAAAACUUGAAAUUGAAGAACUCCAAGGUUAUGUAUUAAUUGGGCUGAGGCUGAGAGAAACCAUUAAUUUCCACUUUCCUGCAAACAGGUUAUGAGGGCUUAGUACUUGGACCAUUAGAUGAAUUUUAAACUAUCAGUUAUCACAUACUUCAUAUAGUCGCUGAGAUGUCUACUUCAUGAGGACUUGCUUAAGUUACUCUAACCAAUUAUAAAUAGGACACAUACACUUGCA